AGCGGGAGGGGAGGGGGGGAGGCUGCCCACACCGGACAGGGCUCGGGCGGGGCCGGCAGGACAAGCGGUUCCCGAGCGCCCCGGGCCGUGCCAGCCUCCCCCGUGCGUCCUGGGCGCAGCCGGCAUGAAGCAGCGGGAGGGAGACGGGCCCGGGCAGCCGGUGCCCCCCAGCUACGCCGGGGAUCGGCCGCGGGCGGGCGGGAAGCUGCUGCUGGGGGGCGGCCGGGCCCCCCCGCGCUGGCUGCGCGUCGCCACCGUCUGCGCCUAUUUCCUCUGCGUCUCGCUGGCCGCGCUGCUGCUGGUGAUCUACUACGGGCUGGUGUGGGCGCCGCGGGGCCCCGGCGCGGAGAACGGCACCGAGCCCGGCCCGCGGGCCCCGCAGCUCUGCAACCACAGCGGGCCGGGGCCGGGGCUGCAGGAGGCGGCGGCCAAGGGGGCCCCGGGCGGCGGCCCGCGGCCAGCGCAGGAGGAGCGGAGCGGGCAGCAGGGCCCCGCGGGGCGCACGGGCUGGCGAGGCCGCGACGGGACCCACUGAGGCGCCGGAGGAUGGAGCCGCCCCUGGGGGCUCCCCCCGUGGGACCGAGCCGGGCCAGGAGGGAUGAGAGCAGGACGGAGCCGGGGCCCGCGGCCUGGGCGUGAAGGGCUCCGCAGGCAUCGCUCGGGGCGCGCAGCGGGGACCGGACGGUGAAAGCCCCAAAGCGCAGAGCGGGCGGGGGGCAGGUCCCCCCUGCUGCCGGGGAGGCGCCCAGGAAAGUCCGGACAGCCUCAGGGGGCGGCCAAGGACGGGCCCGCGGGAGCCGUCAGCUCUCCAGGCCUGGGGGGCACGCGUGGCCGGCUGAGCCGGGAGAAGGGCCUGGAGACCCCGGGGGGCUGGCCGGUGCCAGGGUCGGAGGGCACCAGGCUAACCUAGCAGCAUCGCCCCCCGACCCCAAGGCACCGUGUGCUGGCGCCAGGAGCCUGGGGUGCUUUGGGUGUCAAGGCCAUAACUCAGACUCCCAGGGGCACCGGGCUGCGGGCCUUGGGCUCAGCAAAUCCUGUAUCCUCCUCUCCGUCUGUCUGUCCAAUAAACCAGUCACUGCUCCUG